GAGAUGUUAUUUGUUCAGCUAGCCGGUGGCGGCGCUGUUGAGCCGUGACUCUAUUAUUUUGCUUGAAAUCUACGAAGAAGAUUGACAAACUCACCAUGGCGGAAACACAGAAGCGGCCAGGAGCUUCUCCUGAGGAUGAAGCAGCUGAAGUCAUAGCGACAUUUAUGGUACCCAAGAAGGAAAUUAGCAUGGUUCCCGACAUGGGCAAGUGGAGGCGCUCUCAGGCAUAUGCUGACUAUAUGGGCUUCAUUCUGGCUCUGAAUGAAAGUGUAAAGGGAAAGAAGCUGACAUGUGAAUAUAAAGUUUCUGAGACAGUGGAGAAGCUAAUAGAUCUUUUGGGGACUCUGGACCGAUGGAUAAACGAGACGCCUCCUGUUGACCAACCAUCUCGCUUUGGGAAUAAGGCUUUCAGAAGCUGGUUUGCCAAACUAGAACAGGAAGCAGAAGACCUGGUGUCAGCACUGCUUCCUCUUGACAAACAAGCUGCAGCUCCAGAAAUAGCAGUCUACUUGAAAGAGUCUGUGGGGAACUCCACCAGGAUAGACUAUGGAACAGGCCAUGAAGCAGCUUUUGCGUCAUUUCUUUGCUGUCUAUGCAAAGUUGGAUCGCUCAAGGUAGAUGAUCAGCUGGCCAUUGUUUUCAAGGUUUUUAACAGGUAUCUUUCUGUGAUGCGGAAACUUCAGAGGACCUACAGAAUGGAACCGGCUGGAAGCCAAGGUGUAUGGGGCCUCGAUGACUUCCAGUUUCUGCCUUUCAUAUGGGGCAGUGCGCAAUUUGUUGAUCACCCAACUCUAGACCCUCGCCACUUUGUUGAUGAGAGAGUGGUAAAUGAACAUCACCAUGAUUACAUGUUUCUGGAGUGCAUCAAAUUUAUAAAUGAGAUGAAGACUGGCCCGUUUGCAGAGCACUCCAACCAGCUGUGGAACAUCAGUGCUGUUCCUUCCUGGUCCAAAGUUAACCAAGGCCUGAUCCGAAUGUAUAAGGCUGAGUGUUUGGAGAAGUUUCCAGUGAUCCAGCACUUCAAAUUUGGCAGCCUGCUGCCGAUCCAGCCGUCAAAGCCUUGAUGCUCAUGGAUAAAUUCAAUUAAAAAAAAACACAAAAAUCCCCAACCAUUUUCCCAUCAUCAUGUAAAGAUGUGAUCCUGAAAGCUUGCUUGACCAAGCGUGAGAGGUAGGAUCGCCUCAUGAGCACCUACUACUAUUUGCAACAGAACAAGCUCAUUAUGUUUUGAAUGAAAUACCUGACAAAUGUUACAUUUGUGCUUGGUUCCUGCCAUAUUGCAACCCUAACCAAAUUGCCCAAGACUCUAAGGUCCUUCAGUGGGGUUCUUCAAGUACUUCCAGGUGUCAGAUGUGAACAGAUUUGUCUUAAAUUCUUGUACAAAUCACACAUCAUGUAUGAUGACAUCUAAAAGCAUAUUUCUAUUUUUUUGUCUUGUUAUUUAUGGACUGGAUAAACUUUGGAUCUGACUCCAUGAGUGGAGGGAAUGAUAGAGCUUUUUAAAUGAAGGCUUGAGUUGCCUUCAAAGUACUAGAGAGCUCUCAAGAGGUGGUCUUUGUAAGUACUGUAUUGCUUUUUAAAGUCCACGCUCCUGUCCAUCCCAACAUUCAAGUUCAUGUCCACAAGGACAUAAAAAAAGCACAUUUCCCCCCAAAAAAUAUCCAACCACUCAAGUGGAGUUGUGAAAAAGGUGUAUCCACAUAAGAACACAUUUGCCAGCUGUCAGAAGCAUGAAAAAGCAACCAAAAUCAGUGCUUAUUCAAGUAUUUAAUUCACCUCUGCGUCAUGUACGUGUCGCACAGGUCAAAAAAUAAAAUCAAUACCUGUAAGUCAAUAACUUUAUUACUGGUGUUCCGUUUUUAAAUAAGAUUUGUAAACAUGAGAUAAUGUCAUAUACCUGUAUGUAUUAUGUCUCAAGAGGAACAACUGUUUUACCUGUCAAUGCAAAAGCGCUGAAGCCAGAGUUUUUUGAUGUCCUUGCGCUGGUUGGAAUUUUCGUUAAAAGCUCACUUAUUAAGGACAAGAACCUGUAUGUUUCCGUGUGGACAAAAGGCCAAAACGCAUAGAAAAAAAUUGCAUUUUCUAAAUUUCCGUGUUGGCGUGGGCAUAGUCUAAGUAAUCUGGAUAACUGCUAAGACAUAAUUAGCCAUGAGUAUUUCUGCCUUGUUAGUUUUUUUUUAUAUUUGUUUUGUUUUUUUCCCAAUGUAGGGUAAGGUUGAAAUUAAACACUUUAGUCUAAAUUCUGUCACUUAUUAGCCACUGUUUAUCUUUCCUUUUGAGGUCAAAUGAAUAAAUGAUUUUGAUUGUGCUGUUCAGUCCCGUAUUCCACAGAGUGUGACGACCAAGGGGAAAAGUCCUGUAUAACAGAAAGAGAGAGAAUAAUAAAUACAUGAAUAGUGUUA